AAUGACUACCGCUCCUCUAGUCUUUCACGUAAAAGAGAACGUUCACGGCGCAUUGAUUGGCCAAGUGCUUCCGCAUAAUAGCACAUCAACAAUUGUACCUGGCACUCAAUUCCUUAUCGUCAAUCAGAAAGAUGUACCUGAUAUUGCCAUUAUGAAAGAUGGUUCUCUUCAUGCUGUACAAGGUCUAGACCGUGAGACAAAACAAAAUUAUAGUAUCACUGUACUUGCUGAUAGUUUACGCGGCAUAGGUAUAUUUCAGGUACGAAUCAUCGUCGACGAUGAAAACGAUAACGCACCAGAAUUCACAUCUUUUAUUUACGACGGUCAGAUCAUGGAAAACAGUCCUGUGGGGACGGAAGUUACUCUGACAAAUUCAAUUGUUGCGAGCGACAAAGAUGAAGGCAAAAAUGGAGAAUUUACGUUCGUUUUGGAAGGUGAAAAUAGCAGUCUGUUUAGAAUCAAUCCUUUAACAGGCCGAAUAUAUUUUCAAGGUAUUGAUGAGAGAACUCUGGAUCGCGAAUCUAAAAUGAACUACGAAUUUCAAGUUAUUGCUACUGAUACAG